AUGUCGUAUUACUUUGAGUACCUACGAAAAAAACUAUCGGAAGAAGGCGAUGAACAAAGAAGAAGAGAAUAUGAGCAAUCGAUGGAAAGACUGAGGAAUUUCAAAGAAGGGAGUAGGGAGUCGCAUCAGAAGGAACUCGAAAUGAUGGAGGAGGAUAAACAGAAAAGUUUGAAGGAAAUUAGAAAGAGAACCGAAGAAAAACUGACUGCUCUCCAAGCUGAGACUAAAAAUGAAGAGAAGAAGUUCGACGAACUUUCCGCCAAAUUAAUCGAAGAAGCAGAGAAGGAGGUGAUAAGCAAAAGGAAAAUCUAUGAUGAGAUCAUUGCCAAAAACAUGAAACUGUUGGAAGCGGAUCAGUUGAAAGUCGAACAAGUAGAGCUUCUGGAAACAGAUUCUAAUCUGCGCAAGCUUCAGAUGGAUAUCACUGAGACGAUUUCGUCUGAAGCAGAGAAAACUGAAAUGAAAAAGCAAAGGCUGAUGGAAGAACAGAAAAAACGAGACGAGGAAAGAUUGGUCAUUAGACUUGAGAAAGAUAAUGAAAACCUGGAAUCAGAACUUAAAGUCAUGAAAGAGGUUCAAAAGAAAAAUGAGGAAGUUCAGGAUAAAGAACUUCAAUACACACAAGAUAUUGGAAAAUCUCAUUUGAUCGCACAACGAGAAAAUUUCACAACAAUGGAACUGAGAAACAGGAAAUACAACAACGGAGUCAUGAACGAUUUUCUGGAAAAACUGAGUAAUUUGUCUGAAAAUGUGAAGCGAUCAUAUGCACGGUGCAGCAUUUACCUUCAAAAUGAUGGAGUAUUGAGUGGACAGUUGGCAAGAAAAGCUAGAGAAUCGUUCGAAGGCUUUUUGGCAGAAUUUCAUACAACAGCAGAAGAAUUGAUAACGAUUGAAAGAAGACUUGCUGAAGUCGAUAAAAAGGAAAUUCCACCAGACAUGGUGAAGAAUAUUCAGGAAAUGAGAGAUGUUCUUUUCCAAUUGAGCAAUAAUGUUUCCAAGUUUUGUGGACGAUUAAUGAUUGGACAAAGUCUUAAAAACGAAACGGAUGAAGGAGAGCUUCAAAAACUGAUGGACCGCUUCUCCAAGAUUAAAAGCAAUUCAAAGAUGGGCGGAUGGCUUUCAUCGGAAGAAAAGAAGAUUGAAGAGGAACACAGACAGAGAAUGGAAAAAGAUUCUGAACAACGUCAAAGAGACGAGGAACAAAAGAAGAAGGAGAUAGAAGACAAACGAAAGAAAGAAUUGGCAGAGGAGCAAGCAUCUAUUGACGUUGAACUGAAUGCUGAAAAACAAGAACGUUUGGAAAGAACAGCCGAAGAGGUGAAGAAUUUCAACGAGAUGAAAAAAAAGAUGCAAAAAAAGAUAGAUGAUCUUCAACGCGAAUUAAAAGAGCAAACCAGGAAAAUAGUUGACGAGCAGAAGACAAGUGGGAUGAAUUUGGUUACGGAUGGGAAAAACAAAUUGAAAGAAGACAAGGAGCUACUUGUUAAGAAGAACGAGUUUAUGAUGUCUGAAAAUGAGAGGCUGACUGAAGCACGACGUCAAGAAAUUGAGAAACGAAAGGAAAUGGUUCAAUCGAAGGAGCAACUGGAAAUGGAUAGAUCGGAUAAACAUUUUGAGGAUUUGAAGAAAUUAAAUACCGAAAAAAAUAAUGUAGUGAGAGAUGGAGAAAAUAAGAUGACACAGCUUUCGGAGAAUCUGAGAACGGUCCAAAAAGGGAUCAAACAGCAAGAGGAAGAUUUUUUAAAAGUUCAAAUGGGCAAUGCUUACGAUCUACUUGCGAUUCAUCAUGAAGAACAACAGUUUGAUGACUUCCGAAGAAAGGGCAUGCGCAGAGUUAAUCUCUCCUCAAGAAUUCGAUCGGAUUUUGAUAAGGAAGAAGUAUCCAUCAACACGACUCGAGAAGAUAUCGAGAGAGGAGUUCCGUUGAGUAGACAACCAGACUUUUUCGAUGUUUCAUUGAGUAUCCGAAAUCUUAUGACGGAAAUGUCCAGUUUCGAACUACAAGGAGCCGGCGAAAUGGAUAAAUACGAGACGAUUCGUAAAGAGAUUAUUUCAUUGUUGGAGAAACUUACCACUGCUCUCAAUGAAAUGGAAUCCAGAAUCGAAAGAUACACCAGCCAAGGUCCAACGCAUUCUAAUGAACAGAGGAAUGAUAAAAGGCAAGAAUUCAAUACGGACUCCGACUCAGACGACACGGAUAUUACCUCCGAAAUCCCAACUCCGCCGGCUUCUGUUAGAAACGAGCCAAAGUCUUCCGAUCGUAGAAACUUCAGCAUUACGGAACAAUACAACGAAGUGAAGACAGUGAUGCGAAGUUUGAAUGAUGCGAUUCUCAAGCUCAACGUCCCUGCAUCAACAGAAUUCGAAGAUACGCUAACAAGACAAAUUGAAGGCUUGACAAUUUCUCAUUCACAAAUCGUUGGACAAAUCACAAGUGGAGUUGUUCCAAGCACUUCAGAUGAGCCUAGAAGAAUCACCGAUACACCGUCAACAAGUUCAUCCCAACCAGCCAUCGAGGAGGUUGAAAAGUCUGAAGAUGAAUCUGGGAGCACAUAA